CGUUGCAUUAAUAAGUCGACUCUCAAAAGUUUAAACAAAAAAUUAAAUAAAAAAUUAUGGAAAAAAUUUGCAUAAUUUUUGUGUUGAUGCAAUUUGCAUUUCUUGCAACUGCCGAUGACUGUGAUAAGACUAAAUGUCCAGAGAUUCCUAAACACUAUGAAGAAAUGGGAUGUGAAGCUGUUAAGGAUGAACAUGGGUGCUGUAUUGUUAGUUUUAAGUGUUUAGACAUAAAGACUCGAGAUGCGAAUAAGUGCUAUUAUAAGGAUGAUGUAUAUGAGCUAAGAGAGAACCUUAAAGAGUCACAAUUGGCUGGAACGUGCAGCGGUAGUUGUUUCUGUAGUGAACCGAGAGGUGGACGACCUGCUGAGUUUGUUUGCGCGCACAUUGACUGUCCAGAAUUUUUCCAUGACCAUGAUCCAUCAAAGAAAUGUAUCAGACAAUAUGAUAAUAAGCAUUGUUGUGCAAUCAAGUCCGUAUGUGACAACGAAACAGCUACACUAAGUACAUGUGAAUUUGAAGGCUCAACGUUCCACGAAGGUCAAAAAAUGUAUCCAAAAGAUCUAUGUUAUAGUUGUUUCUGCACAAAAGACUACAAUAGUUCAAUUCCUAUCGAAGAAAAUCCAAGUUGCAACAGAAUUGACUGUGGAAUAACUUUAAGGAACACUGGACGUUUGUCUGAAGGAUGUAUUCCAGUUUAUUACAAGAAAGAGACUUGCUGCCCGAUUGGCUGGCGUUGUCCAGGAGAAAAACAUCAACAGCCAAAUGCAAACUUUAAGAAUCUCAGCAAAAGUGAACCGACAUGUAAAUUUGGCAAGAUGGAAUUUAAUAUUGGCGAUAAACUUCCAUCAGAUGAUGAAAGCUGUCAAGAAUGUUUUUGCAGUGUCCCACCAAUGUUACAUUGUAUUGAGAAAUGUUAACAGUUCCCAUGAAUAAUUUGAGACGACGUCAACUUGUCUAGUAGAGAAAGAAAGACGAAGUAAAAGGAAAAAAGGAUAACAAAUUUAAGUUGCUAGGUAGAAAAGGUUAAGUUAACAAUUUCUUAAGAAAAAUCAUCUAUUGUUAAAAAGAACAAAAGAAGAAGCAGCAAAAAAGACUUAAUUUAUUGUGUAAGUUGAAGAAAGGACCUUACACGCCUUCAUUCUUAAGAGAUUCUUCGCAUUCGAUUAGGCUAUUCACUAUUUUUUUGUGCAGAUAUAAAAAAAAAUUUAUAAAAAUUCAAUGAAAGAAAUUUUCAUUCACACUUUGUACAAAAAUUGAAUUCUUGAAACCACAAUGCCAA